AUGCCCACACGCACAGCCCAGACCCUCUUCAGGGGUCCUGGAGGGCCCGCCCGCCAAACAGAGCCGCCCAUGACGAAACGUGCGCCCUAUCCGCGUCGCCAAGCUCCACGGCCAGCGAGACAAGCUUCGACUUGCAGGCCGCCUCGGUGCCGCCCCGAUCCAAUGAUGCGCAUGAAACGGACACUCCUUCGACGACGGACGCAUGGCCUUAGCUCGGUUUUGUUUGACGGGCGCGGCGGCCCAUUUCUACCUGUUCCGCGCCGGUCCAUUUGUUCCCAGCACAUCGGUCAGCAUCGCCCUGGAGUCGUGGUCGAUCGGCGAGUCCCAACUUUGUCUUACAGCCGACAGCGAAGACGAUGGGUUUCGACGUGGAUUUGGGAGAGAAGAGAGAGAGCGAGGGGGCCGUGA